AUGACGACGAUGUCCGCGCCCGCGGUGGGCGCCCUCGGGGUAUCCGCGACGUCGUCGACGACGCGCCGCCGCCGCCGCGCGUCCACCGCCUCGAUCCGCGCGUCGGCCGCGGGGCCGGCGCGCGGCCGCGUCGCCGCCGCGGUUCCCUCGCGCGCGACGCCGAACGAUGAUCAACAUCACCAUCGUCUCGUCGUCCUCUCGGCGCGCUCGUCCCCCCCGACGCGAACGCGAACGCGCGUCGUCGCGUCCGCGUCCUCCGCCGCCGCCCCAACCCCCGCGACCGGAGGCGACGGCGGCGAGGCGGCGGCGGUGAUCAACACCGUGAAGGCCAUCUUCGGCGCGGGCGGGUUCGCGCUGCCGUGGGCGUUCGCGAACGGCGGCACCGCGCUCGUGACCGCGUGCCUGGCGUUCAGCUACGUCUUCGCGCUCACCGCGCUCAAGAUGCUCGUCAAGGCGCAGGACGUCCUCGUCGCGAGCGGGCAGUCGUCGCGCGCCGCGGUGGCGACGUACGCCGGGCUCACGAAGGAGGCGGUCGGCCCCGUCGGCGACGUCGUGUGCAAAGCCCUGAACGUGAUCACGUGUUUCGGCAUCUCCGUCGGAUACAUGAUCUUCGUGUCCGACACCGUCAUCUCGAUGCUCCCGGCGCAACACGCGGCGUCGUUCACGACCGCGUCGAUGAUCGCGCGGACGCUCCCGGCGUGGCUCGGGCUCGCGUUCGUGCGCGACUUCAAGGGGGUAAAUCUCAUCUCGCUUCUCGGGACGGCGAGCGUGAGCCUCGGCAUGCUGUGGGUCACCGCCGUCGCGGCGUCGAACCCGCUGCAGGUCUCCGCGAUCCCGCUCGCGAACUUGAGCGCGUUCAGCGGGUUCUUCGGGACCGUCGCGUUCCUAUUCUUCAUCCACUUCACGCUGUUUAGCGUCCAAGAGGCGAUGCCGGACCAGACGCGAUUCGUCCCGGCGGUGAGCAAGGCGUUUGCCAUCGCGAUGGGCGUCUCCGUCGUCUUCGGCGUCGUCGGCGCGUUCGGUUUCGGGCCCGGGGUGAACAGCGUCGUGAUCACGAUGCUCACCGGCGUGGGCGGGACGAUCGUCAAGGCGCUCCUCUGCGUCAACUUACUGUUCACGUUCCCGCUCAUGGCGAGGUCGGCCCUCGUGAUCCUCGAAUCCACGAUCGCGCGCGGGAAGGAAAUCAGCGUACCCGCGUCGCUCGCGACGAGGGCGGCGUUCGUGCUCUCGGCGGGUUACCUCGCCGGAAACGUCCCGAAUUUCGGCACCGUGCUCGGCCUCGUCGGCGGCGUGUGCUGCUGCGCGAUGUCCAUCGCGAUGCCGCCGGCGAUCUUGAAGCUCGCGAACGAUCGCGCGGGGGUGAAGUCGAGCGCGGGCGAGAGCGCGGUCAUCGCGCUCGUGUGUCUCACCGGCGUCGUGUGCAUGGUGCUAUCCGUCGUGUUGUAGAAUACAGUAUGUUUUUGGUUGAUACGAUGCGUUGACGUG